AUGCGCCGCAUCGCCCAGAUCGUCCACCUCAAGCCCUCCGCCCUCGCAGCGUACAAGGAAUGCCACGCAAGCGUCUGGCCCGAGGUCCUGCAGCAGAUUAAAGAGUGCAAUAUUCGAGACUACUCCAUAUUCUACGAUAAUGACCGCACGCUGUUUGCGACGUUCAAGUAUAUCGGGGACGACUAUGAGGGUGAUAUGGAGAAGAUGCGGGCAAAUCCGAAGGUGCGGGAGUGGUGGGCUAUGACAGAUGGGAUGCAGGAGAGCCCUGUCCCUGGGGCAGUGGGUAGCGCAGAGGGACCGGGGUGGUGGAAGGUGCUCGAGGAAGUGUUCUAUACGGAUUGA